AUGGUGGCCUUGGCCGCUGGCGUUCUCGCCAUGAACGCGGGUUUCCUGAAUCGAUUUGGCAAUCAAGCUCUUGGGCCAAUCAGGCAACAUCUUGAUGGACUACUUCAUAUGGCCGCCCCGAAUCAGCAGCGACGCCAGCAUGUUCCACGACCUCAAGCAGCGCACCCCGCAGGCGCGAACGGUGCGCCUGACGUAGGCCUUGCCGGUCUACACGAACCCCGGGAUAUGGACAAUGCUGGGGCUGUUCACCUGGUCAACUUCUUCCGCCGCAUUGAAAGAGCUGGCCUCUUGUUCUUGGCGAGUAUCGCUCCUGGCGUUGCUGAAAGGCAUAUUGCGCAGCUGGAGGCGGCUGAGCGUGAGCGUGAGCGGAGAGAAAGGGAAGAAGCUGCGGCGGCAGCAGAAGCAGCAGCCGCGGCUGCUGCCCCCAACGAGCAAGAGAACCAGCAGCAAGGUGAUCAGGCCGAACAAACCACCAACAAUGAUGGUGACAGUCCUGUCCACAACCCGGAACAUGUGCCGGAGCGAGAAAUUCCUCUCCAGGCCGCUUAA